AUGCGGAAGAUGAGGGAUAUCGGCACCCUGUCCGCCGACAAGGGACGCUCGACGGUUUUUAUGGACAAGACCGAGUACACGGCGAAACUGGAAGGUCUGUUGGAGGACGAAGUUGCCUAUAAUCUUUCGGAGACUGUUGAGUUCAAGAACCACGUGAACAGUGUAAACACAGCGACAGGCAAGUUAAGAAUGUCAUGGGCUCUCAAGAGACAGGAAGCACUGGCCGCAAAAGCCACCGACACCGCCAUGGUGUGUUUCUACGGUCUGCCAAAAAUGCAUAAACCGGGAGUACCUCUACGUCCCAUAAUCUCCUUUCGCGGCACUCCGACCUCUGGACUGUCGAAAUGGCUUUACAAACGAUUUUGUUUCCUGACUGAGGAUUCCGAAUGA